CGACAGACUAUUCACUACGUACUAACACAAGAGAUACAGAGUGCAGAUUAAAGAAUACAGAGGAGUUUAACCUCCAUGCCCAUAAAUGCUGAGACAAGAUGUUGAGCUUACUAAGAUGUUGUCGCCAUGGACUGUCAGUAACUGCAGGUUCAAAAAUGUUCAAAAGACAGUUAAUAACAGUAUCCAACAAAAUGGAAAUUCUUUUGAAAAAAGCAGACAACAUACCAAGAGAUUAUAAUAUGAUUUAUCGUAUAACUAAUCAUAGAUCGGGAGCUAUGAUGUACCAUUCACUAAACUUUUUCAUAUUUACUACUGUUGGAGCUAUAGGAUACAUAUGUUAUACCGGUGCAUCUCCUGACGCAAGUGCAAUAGAAGAUGUUCAUGUUGAUGAUUUGUUGAAAGAACCAUGGAAAUUGGGACUUAUUCUAUUUGUAAGUGCUGCUCUUUUGGUAAUGACGACUGUUGUCAGAGGUAGAUAUGUUAUAAGAAUUUACCACAAUGAAAAUACAAAAACAUAUAGAGCAAUAUUCAUUGGUAAAAUUCCAUUUACUAACGAAUUUUAUGAAUUUCCACAAGGACAAGCUAUUUUUGUUGCAAAAGAUUCAAAAUUUCCUUGGCGAAAUUCUUUACUCAAAGUCAAUAAGAAAAAAAUCCUUUUAUUUGAAGACAAUUUUAAAACGCACAAUGACUUUUAUAGUUUAUUGAAACCUGGUCAGUUAUAAUGUAAA